AUGUCGGGUGUCUCUCUCGCUGUGACUCCGCCAUGUGAGCCUGAUAGAACCACACCUUCAGCCACAAAGCCUCAGCAAAAGGCUCCGCAACAGCAGCAGCAGAAUUCUGUGGUUGGAGGAGUAAUGGGAUCGUUGCGUGUUAUUGAACUUCAACUAAUAGCCUUCAUCAUGGUUUUCUCAGUUAGUGGCCUUGUCCCACUACUUGAUCUAGUCUUCCCAGCCUUUGCCUCUGCUUAUCUUUUAGCCCUCUCGCGUUUUGCCUUCCCUUCAUAUGGAAGAACCUCAUCAGAGAUCUUCCAAGGAAGCAGAUUUUUCAGGUUCUACGUCAUCAUGGGAACAACCAUAGGGCUGUUCUUGCCACUAGCCUAUGUGUUGGGUGGGUUUGCAAGGAGUGAUGAUCAUGCAGUCCGGUCAGCAACACCUCACUUGUUCUUGCUCUCAUUUCAGAUCCUUACUGAGAACAUAAUAAGUGGUCUAUCAUUGUUUUCGCCACCAGUGAGGGUAUUAGUACCCAUGCUUUAUACAGUCAGGAGGAUCUUUGUUAUCAUUGAUUGGAUUAACGAUGUGUGGUUCAACAAAACUCUACCAGCAACUGCUCAAGUUAAGGACAUUGCCUGGGAGAGGGAUGAAAUUGAAUCAAAGAUGACAGAGGACAAACGUUCUGAAGCUGCAAACAAAUCCAAAUCAGCAGAUAAGAAAGCUGUUUAG